AGAACUUCAAAUAUUUUUGUAAACAUCAAAGAACAUUUUAAAUUUAAAACUUCUUUUAUCCAUGUCUAUUCGACUACAAAUAUCUAAAAAUGCUUUAGAAAGCGAAAAUGAUGCUGAUGUUCAUUUUAUACCUGCAUCAAUUGAUGGCAAUGCCAAUACAAAAGUGGAUGAAUAUUUCAAUUCGUACAAAAGCAUAGAGAAUGGUCUACAAAUCAAUGCUCUACGUGGAUAUCCAUUGAAAGGAAUAGAGAUAGACUUGCCAGAUAACAUGCAAGGACUCGUUCUAAGGGAAAAUGAGAAACUUCAAAUGAAUGCCGAGCGAGAGUUGAAAUUUGGGGGGAAGUUUGAUAAAUUCACUUACUGGAAUUACGACAAAAAUCCGUCUGAAAACGACUCUUAUAGAAAGGCUAUGCAUUGGUUGAAGGUGUCGGAAGCUCUACAUUCUGAAAUAACUUCACUUGACGAUGUCAAAUUGUAAACAGUCAAUAAUAAUCUUAUUUAGGAAUACAAACAUAUUCUGGUUUAAUAUCAAUUUUUAAAUAAAGAUUAAGUUUUAAUUUUUAACGGCAUUUGUAAAUUUGAAUAAUUUUUUCUUCGAUAUGCGCAUGCGCAAGAUUUUCAAUGUUUCGGAACGUUUUGGAAAAAAAAUU